GUAGUUUGCUAGAGUAGUUUUAGCUCUUUCAUCUUAAUCUGAUUUGCUAAAUAAUAAACUGAAGCUGAGUAAUAGUAACUCUAGAGACCCGUGGAUUCGAUAUUUAUCACUUGAGCCACUAUACUGCAGUCCCUUCCAUUGGUUACACUUGGCCUUUGUUAGGAGUUGUGUCGUAGCGAGUCAAGUUUUUGGCGCCGUUGCCGGGGACUUUCUAGAGUAUUAGGAAAGGCAGAAGUUUGUUACUUUAGCGUUUUUCGUUUCUUUUCUUUUCCACCCUUGCUUUUCACUUGGGUGUUUUUGUUUUUGUUGGUGCAGAUCUGAAUCAUGGAUCCUAAUGGCUUCUCCAAUCAUUGGGGGUAUCCACCACCAUCUGGGUGGUAUUACCCCGAGACUCCGUGGAGCAAUCAAGGCGGAGAAGACUAUGGAUUCGGAUUCCAGUACCAACCCCCUUACUACGGAGAACAACCGGACCCCUGGGCAUAUCAAGAACAACCUCAUUACCAAGAAGAAUUUCUCCCACAACCAGAAGGGCCAUUGGAGCUGGAGUUACCCAUGGCGGCCUUCACGGGCCAUUCUGCAGAGCCAUGCUACACUCCACAGCCAGAUCCACACUAUGAUUUGAGGCUUCUCAUGGAGAGAUCAUGCUCCAGUAUGGAUCAUUGUGUCCAGGCCUAUCGUGAAACAGAGGGGAUCCUCCUGAGCCUUAAGAAGAGCGUCGAUGAUCUUGAGCGAUCUUGGGCACAACCUGCUCCAGAUCACCCUUCUGCUGCCAUACUAGAAGAGGAGGAGGAAGAAGAAGGCUACAAGGACAUUAUGGAACACACAGAAGUUGUCACGGAGAGCUCCCGUGAUGGUCAUGAUCAAGAGUGUCAUGUCGUAGCCGACCACACCUUCCCACACCCCAAACUGAGCUUUGAAGAGGCGGGCAUGAGUGCGGAGAUGCAAGAAGAUCUCAUGAAAGAAAUUGCUUGGCAACUUGCUCUCCAAUCCGUGCUAGAAGAAGAAGAGCAACAAAGGGCGCAGAAAGAAGUUGUGGAGGAUGACGAAAGUGAAGCAGGAGGAGUUCUUGAUCAUUUCCCAGGGGUGAUACCACAUGAAGUAGAAAGGGGGGUUGAAGAAGCAAUUGGCGUCCAGGCUGAGGACGGAGUUAAGGUGGAAGAGGCCUGCACUGGCCAUGAGUUACAUGUGAUAUCUCCACCAAACUUCGAGGAACUGCUUAGCAAGGACCCAUUUGCAGUGUCUCUUUGCCAGACCAAGGCCACCUCGACAUCGGUCCCUCUUGGUGGACGCGAUGGUGGCCAAUCGAUGCUGUCAUAUCUGGUUAGGGGCAAUGAGACGAGAGAAGAGAAGAAGAGGUCUCGAGGGUGGAGACUUCAUCUGCAUCAAGUGCACGAGCUUCCAUCUACUGUCAUACCACAUGCUCGUGACUUGAGACUCCACCUCAUCGACGAGAACCUCAACUUCAAGGAGGUUUUGGGGUGGAACGAAACUUAGGAGCCAUCGUCCGGCUCAUGACGUGAAAGAAGCGCUUGUUGGGAGGCAACCCAACCAGUCGGUUUGCAUUUCUUUCUCUAUUUCUCCUCGGUUGAGUCAGUUUUGUUAUUUGAUUUUAGAGUCAAUAACUCAACCUUUGUGAGAUUUUGUGUGGUGUUUGUGUUCUGAUUACUCUCUCUUUCUGGAUGGCACCGCCUGACCCGUUCAUCAUCAUUCACCCUUGAUCUGGUAACUUCGUUCUAACCUCCUUAUCUUUCCUCCAUUGAGGACAAUGUCGUACUUAAGUGUGGGGGGAUGUUCGAUUAUGUAUGCGGGUGAAUGUUUGGCUGUUUGUGUGGUUGGAGCCUAGUCCACUGUCCAAAUUUUUAAAUUUGAGGGCUCCAAGUACGUGUUUCCUUGCAAUUGCCUGCUCAGUAUGCUUUGAAUUGACAGUCUUUAUAGUAAUAUGCAACCUAGGGAGGUAGUGUAGCACUAUGGAGGAUGUUGAUGCAUUUAAGAAGUCUCAUUUCUUCUUCAUAUUGAGUUGGUUGAUUGAGUGAAUUAGUGAUCUUAGGACUCUUGAAUUGUGUGGUGUUGUGGAUUCUCUGCCUGUCAUGGACUCUUGUAUCAUGUUUUGAAAAUAACAGGUGCUCGAAAAU